AUGAUUUCCAAAACUCAGAAAAUGAAAUUAAAUGAUGGCCACUACAUUCCUGUAUUGGGCUUUGGCACCUAUACAACUGAAGAGCAUCUCAAUAAAAAGCCUAUGGAUUUUGUCAAAAUAGCUAUAGAUGUUGGAUUCCGCCAUGUUGAUUGUUCUCACUUCUACCAAAAUGAAAAAGAGGUGGGACAGGCCAUUCGAAACAAGAUUGAAGAUGGCACUGUGAAAAGGGAAGAUAUAUUCUGUACUUCAAAGCUUUGGUCAACUUCCCAUCGUCCAGAAUUGGUCAGACCCAGUUUGGAAAAUUCACUGAGGAAGCUUAAUAUGAACUACAUUGACCUCUAUCUCAUUCAUUUCCCAGUGUCUCUGAAGCCAGGGGAUGAUAUUUUACCUCAAGAUGAACAUGGAAACAUAAUACUUGACACAGUGGAUCUCUGUGCCACAUGGGAGGCCAUGGAGAAGUGUAAGGAUGCAGGAUUAGCCAAGUCCAUUGGGGUGUCCAACUUCAACUGUAGGCAGCUGGAGAUGAUCCUGAACAAGCCAGGGCUCAAGUAUAAGCCUGUGUGCAACCAGGUAGAAUGUCAUCCUUAUCUCAACCAAAGCAAGAUGCUGGAGUACUGCAAGAUGAAUGACAUCAUCCUGGUUGCCUAUGGUGCACUAGGAACUCAGAGAUAUAAAUAUUGUGUAAAUGAAGAUACCCCAUUUCUCUUGGAUGAUCCAGUUCUUUGUACUAUGGCAAAGAUUUACAAGCAGACUCCCGCCCUAAUUGCCCUUCGCUACCAGCUACAGCGUGGGAUUGUGGUGCUAGUCAAGAGUUUCAAUGAGGAGCGAAUCAGAGAGAACAUACAGGUUUUUGAUUUCCAGUUGACUUCAGGUCACAUGAAAAUCCUAGAUGGCCUGCACAGAAAUUUACGAUACUUUCCUGCUGAUAUGUUCAGUGCUCACCCCAACUUUCCAUUCUUUGAUGAGUAUUAA